AUGAUAGCCCUCGGGUUCGAAGGCCCCAUCGGCGCUCAGGAGGAAGCAUUGACACUGGCUGCUUCAGGGAGGGAUCUCGUCCUCUCUUCACCCACCGGCUCUGGCAAAACUCUCGCUCUGGUGCUCCCCCUGCUGCAAUGGCACACCGCCCGCUCAGCAGCGGCGGCAGCGACGCGUCGUGCUGAGCGCGGCCAAGCCAGCGUUGCGAUGAAGGGGUCAUCGCUGCAUGAGCAGUUCGCUCUAGCAGCAAGUGCAGUCUCUGCUUCAGCAGUGCAGGCUAUCUCUACAGCUCGCGUGGUGUCUGUGGUCCUAGCGCCUACGGCGACUCUCGCCUUGCAGCUGCUGGGGUCGAUGAGGGCUACAGCCGCUGGAUGGAUCAAAGCAGCAGCUAAAAUCCAUCUACGUCUCUCUGAACUGACGUGCCCUCACAAAAAAUGUCUUGGUCCUUGUUGUAGGAGGCGGCUCUGUGCUCCUCCGCUCCUCCCUCCUCAUCCUUGCGCCCCUCCUGUGCUAUCCCCAGCUCCGUCUCUCGCCUAUGUCUCGGCAACUCCUUCGUCUGUCGCUGGCCCUCCUCGUGGCUGCUCUUUGUCGCUCCCCGCUUGUAGGGUGGACACCUCCGGCCUCAUCCUCUUUGCUACGCCUGAGACACUCAAGCGACUCGUUACCGUACGCUUCAAGCCCUCCUUCCUAAAUGGCCGCCCUCCACUGACAGACUUUACCCUUCGGGAGGAAACUGACUGCUUGUUUGCUGCCAUCGGGGGCGCUCCUAUCUCCUUGGCUCCUACUCUUUCGAAAUCGAGCCUCGGCAGCCGCAGGGUUUCCCCUUCAAGGCCUUGUCCAUGCGGCUCUGUCUGUUUGUCCUGCUGUCUUCAGCGCCUGGCAGGGGGCCCUCCUGGAUCCUUGCUGCACCUCGCCGGGGCAGUGCGCCAUUUGGUGUUAGACGAAGCCGACCGGAUGCUACAGCCCCUCCGCCGCCACGCGCCACUGCAGGAGCGUCUUCAGAGCCUCAAGAAACCCGAGGCACUGGAGAUUUUUAUGCGUCUGCUGGUCACUAGCCGGAAGCAGGGCGGCCUCAAAGGCACCGGUAGCAACGCAGCCUCGAGUCACCAUGGACGAAGCCAACAGCAGCCAGUGCUGCCUUUGCAGCUGGUGGCUGCUAGCGCUACUGUGGGGCGGCCUCUUCACCGUCGCCUUACGGCAUUCGUCCGAUGGAAGGAGCAGCAACUAACGCGAGCGAAGGACCCCCCACUCCGCGCAGGCUUUUUGGGGGUGCCUCACUUGUGUCCUCUCUCCGGCAGGACCCGGCAGCUUGAUCUUAGAAAGCCGCCACUGGGAGUCUUCGCUACGCCUCAGCAACGCAUGCGUGCAGCUCUGGAGCGUCUGGCAGCUCGCGGCCUGUUAGGCAUCCCCCCAAUACCCUCUACUGCCGAAGGCCCCCAGGCUUUGAGCAUGCUGUCGCCUUCCCUGCCUCCCUUCAAGGCGUUGUUGCCCAUCAGGGAGCCCCCUACAAGGCAGCUAGCCGCAGGCCACUGUGCAGGCGGCCGCAUAGAUGUAUAUGCCAUCCAGUACUCUAGAAUGCAGCAGAAGUUAGACUUUACACAUGCACUGAAACGAGUCUUCCUUCACGCUGAUACUCGUGGUCCCACUGUGUGUCGAAAUGCGUCAGUGAAUCUCAAUGCUGCCGUCUCCUGUGCUGCUUUUCACCUUAGAUCUCCGGCCACCAGAUUAGCAGAGCGCUCGGCCAAAGAGCCACAAGCUGAAAGGAAUCCCACUGGAGACUCUCGUGCAUCGAAAGGGGGGGACGAGGAGUCACCAAGAGUGCCGCGGCGCGUUGGGGGAAUGCCGCCGUGCAUCACGCAUGCAUUAUUUAGUGCCUCAGACAACUCAGCUGAGCCUUUAGUGUCAGUGCCCUCGAGGGCCAGAAAACAGCCAUCAUGUGGUAAUGGUGAGGGCUGCUACGGAGAUGAGACUAGGCAGCGGACCCUUCGCUCCACAUUGAAAAACACCCUCUUUUUUACUGCGCGGCCUCCAUACUCCUCUCCCAUUGCAUGUGGUGCAGAAGGUCUGGCGAUUGCGGCCUCUGCGGUUUGCAACAGUCUUAAGCAUCACCGCACGUUGCUGCUGCUUCAGCAGGGUUCCUCACUGCGCUCUCUCCAAAUAUACAUGCGGGAGCAAGGCCUGAAGGUACAUCAGCUGUCUCUCUUUGACCCAAGCUGUGAUGCGAAAUUACUGUGA